UGUGAGCGGGGCCAGGCUAGGCGCAGGGGGCCGAGGAGCGGGGCGCCCACUUGGCUCCGUUCGCGUUGGGAUUUUUUUAAACAGGACAAACCCUUACGAGUUGUUGUUUUGAAACCUCAGACCGAACAAACGGCUUCAGGGGUUCCCUGAAAACGACCCCGCCCCCGUAGUUCGCUCAGAGGAGCCGUUUUCAACGAGUCUGGGGGGCGGGAAGAAGCCCCCUCCCCCAGCUACCCCACUGUAAACCGGCCCCAGUGGGGGUCUUGCUUCCGUUUUUUGGCUUCACAACAGUCAGAACCAAACCGUCCCGCCGAGACAGCGCAGCAGAAUUCGACAGAGACAGAAAUAAACGGGGGGCCCGUGUCCCUCUCUCCCCCCAUCCUCUGUCCUACGCUCGUCAUAGUUUGACUCCUUGCCAGAGAAGCUCUGCUGGGGGCUCAGUGCGUCUUGAAAGCAAGAGUUCCUGCUUCCUGGGGUACUUUAGCCACCCCCUCGGGGAAAGUGAUUUUUGGGGUGUCUUUAGCGAACAGAGGGACUCCAUUCCCUAGUACCUAGAGAUGGCACAUGCUCGUAUCUCAGCCAAACUGCCCCCCAACAUUGACCCCACUAAAGCCCCCAUUGCUUUUGGGGCAAGGGCCCUACCUAAGCUGAAUGAGGAGUUACAGUCCCCUGAGCUGCUGACCCGGCAGAGAGCAUUGAUGGCCCUAUGUGACUUAGUGCAUGACCCAGAGAAUGUCUACCAAGCAAUAAAACUAGGAUUCCUGGAUAACCUGAAAUAUUUGCUUCUAGACCAAGAUAGCACUGUUCGAGAAAAAACAACUGAAGUCCUUUAUAUAAUGGCUACUCAUAAUGUUGGCAGGGAUGGCUUUAUAGAAAACGGAGUCAUUCCUGCCCUGUCCCAGCUCUUGAAUGAUCCAGUGGAUAUCUGUCGGAGAAACAUGCACCGGGCGUUUGAAAUAAUGGCAGAGUUACCGGCGGGUGCUGUUGGCAUAGUGGAAAGCAGUUUGAUUUCUUCACUUGUUCUUAAACUGAAAACUGAGCUGGAUGAAAUCCAAGAGUUGAUACUGGACACACUCUGUGGCUGCCUAUGUGUAGAGGCUUUUGAAGCUCUUGCAACAGGCGCUGUUCCCAUUCUGAAGGAAAAGCUCACUCAUCCAUCAGUGGCCAUCAGGAGCAAAGCUGCCCGUGCCCUCUUGGGAAUUAGUAUCCCUCUGGAAGGAAAAAAUAUUGUGUGGGAUGAAGAGGUUAUCCCAGUGCUGGUCAGCCUGUUGGAGGAUUCAGAUCCUGAGGUCCGAGCCAAUGCAGCAGGAGCACUGAUGAAUGCCACCAUUACGACCCAAGGGAAAUAUGCAGCCCUUAGUGCAGAUGCCAUUCCACCUUUACUGAAGCUGGUCGAUGAUGAAAGCAGCAAAGUACGCUUGAAUGCAAUCAAAGCCCUGACCAUGCUGUCUGAGGCACCUGAAGGUCGCAAGACACUACUGAACCAUGUGGACCUCUUUCGAGGGCAGCUGAAUGACUCAAGUGAGGCUGUAAGCAGAGCAGCAAAAAUCGCCAUCAAAGUCAUCGAGUGGAAACCUUAAACCCAGGGCAUCAUAAAGCAAUAAAAUAGCAGCAAAACUCCUGCACAUUGUGUGACUCAGACUUUUUCUUAAAUGUUCUGUAUUAAAUCCCUAUCUGUUUUAGCAUAUGAAGAGUUUUACUUCACCUACAACUGCUCCUCAGUAUUUCUGCACGUAGAAAUCUAUAGGGAACAGCGUGUGGUCUUGGGGUUAGAAUAGGGCACAGGGAGUCCCUGAAAUAUUUACUUUAUUACUCCAGCAUGGCCAUUUUGUGCAACUAUCUUUUAGCUGUGAUAAGGGAAGGUACCAUAGCUGGGGGUUAGAUCCCACCCUGUACCUUCUCUGUCCUUCUACAAGGCAUGCAAUGUUGCCAUCCCUCAAAUUGGACACGAGCAUUCUAGAACUUUGAAACAUUCUCAGGGGUUCAUUUUUCCCAGAGAUCAGUAGCAUUUCAUAAAGGAGACCAACCCCUCAUGCCCUCUCAUUGAACUCCAUGGCAUAAGCCAAAGGGAAUCAACCUAUCUUGGAGCACCUUAACAUUCCCUGAAAGAUGUCACACCUUCAGAGCCCCCUAGCAUCUUCUGCAGGGACUGCCCAAUCCUGGAGCUCUUUGAUGGCUUAUGCUUCUCCAGGUAAUUUUUCUGUGACAUCUCUUAAGUGGAGACUACCAUCCACUAUGGCAAUAAGCAUCUUCUGAAGGCUCCAUGCCUUCUAGGAUCUCCAUGAUGUUCUUUGAUGAAACCUAACCCUUUCUUGAUAGUUCUGUUCAUUUUCUGAAGAGGGGGAGGAGGGAAGGUUACAUAGAUACACCUAAUUGGACAUUAUUCAGCUGAUAAAGCCCAACUUUUCAGUACAAACAUUACAGAUAGUCCAGAAUCAACCCUCCAGAACCAAACUCAGUUCACACUUUUGGAGGGAGGAGCACCACAAUCCAGAUCCAAUCCAAAUUUUGCAGUUAGCCCCAUCCUAUUAUGGGCCAAAGCAAACCCCCAGAUUCAAACAGUCUUGAAAUUUGGUGGAGAGGGAUUUAAAUUUAAAACAACUUCGUGACUUGAGCUCAUCUAUAAUAACCUUCUGACUCUCGCAACACAAAACCCCUUUGGGGUGUCUAGCACUGCUGGUUAUACUAAUACUCCCACACCUUGUGUUCUGGGAGUGCAAGCACCAAGAUUCUAGCUGUCCCCUGUGCAGGCACACGCUAGGAGACUUCCGUGGAUUGACUUGCCCCAACUUACAUACCCAUUAGUAGCCAAAAAUCUGGCCCCACAUCUGCAUGUUUGCAGGUAUGAUAUUUCCUAGUGAUCUGUUACCCUCCAUUAUGUUAUUUUAUAUUAAACAGAAUGAGAGCUCCAGUUCUCUUCCCAGGUUGUUCUGGAACAGCUCCUACUGAAAGGCCACUUAUCAAACAGCCUCAUCUUCAUGACAGGUCACUUGCAGAACAUUGAAAGAAACCGCUGUGCAGCCUAGAAAUCUCCACUGGAAAAAAAAUAUUUGGAUAUCAGGAAGUUCUUCUUUGAGCACUGGUCCCUAUGGGUAGUCACUAUGAGUGUGUGCACACAAUGUGCAUCCGGGACUGGAAAUUCUUUAACAGCAGUGUCUGUUACUCCAUGCCUAUGCCCUGUGCCUCCUUGUGAGGGCAUAAAGGGUGGCACAGACCAACCCCACAUCCCCAGUUCCUCUUCUACUGCUCACAGUCUGCGACAGAACCUCCUGUGUCUGUUCUUCUUGUCUGUGUUAGACUUUGUUGAGUCUAACUAUUGAAAAUAAUAUUCUUAGUUAGCUUAGUUUUAGUGCUAGUUAGUUAUUUGGGGAUUGAAGGCUCUUCCUCCUCUAAUUCCCCCUUUUUUCUACAGGGCAUCAAUUAUGCCCAAAGUGCCUGGCUUUAAACCUUGCCUGGCCUGCCCCUGGGUUUUCCCAGUGAGCAACCCUCAUAAAAUUUGUCUGUACUGCCUUGGGGAAACUCACAUUCCCUUGAAGUAUCUGCCAUGCGUUCCUUCCAUGUACCAGAAAAGAUUUCGGGUUCCACAAGCGCCUUAUGUAGCUUUCCAUGAGGCUCCAUUCAGAACUGGGGCCCUCCCACUCACCUGGAACCAUCAGGCAGUGCAUCGCCAGUGUCCAGUAUCAGCAGUUUGGAGUCCUUUUCCAAAUACACGACCCUCAUGAAGUAGAGACACUAAACAAACAAGAUCAAAUUUCCCCAGCAGAAACAGGACAAAUCCCCUCAUAUGUCCUCAAAAAAGAGGCCCACUUUGCCCCUUCCUCCAGCACUGCUAGAAGAUGCUGUACCCUGGAACAGACAUACCUGGAGCCCCUACAGAAAAAGAAAAAACCCGCAACAGUAAUGGGAGCUCACAGAUCCCAUGGUACCUCCAGCCCCAAUAAUGGAACACGAGGAGGCCUAUCGGACAGAUAUGAGUCAGUACUGUCAUUCCCUUCAGAUAGCCAACAGAGGACAAUCAGUCCGGACAUGGCUUCCAGAUCAACUCCACCUCCCUGUCUUGUCAACAGUAAUUCUAGACCAGGGACCAAUGGUACCCAGCAUGGGGAUCACCUCUCUUCCACAUCACAUUGACUUUAAUGGAGCUCCUGGGAUCCAUGCUUCCAGGCACCUGAGUAUGAGGGUCCUGAGUUCCUCACCCAGCAAGGCAAAAUAGUAAUCUCCAUGGGAGCAGCUGAUGGAGGAGGAUCAAUCAGCACCACCUGCUCUCCAGACAAGGCAGUAUCACCAAUGUCUCCCUCGUGUUCAGAUGAUUGUAACCAGUAGCAGAUCUUCUUGGGAGAAUUGCAGCACUCUCCAGACUCCUCUGGAGGCGGUCCAGAAUGCAACCCUUAUCUCCUAGACAUAUUUCAGGCUACAGCUCUUUUUAAAAUGGCACUCAUGAUUAAUGAGGCUAUCAUGGAACCUCUCAGAGUAGUCUGGCAUACAUCUGCAUCCAAGUCCCCAGCCCCAAAGCAGCUCAGAAGCAUUGCUUCUUUCCCCCCAAGGGACUGGAAUUUUUGUUUUCCCUCCUUAACCCCAAUUCCCUGAUGAUGCAUAUAGUUACAGAACCACGUCGGCUAUACCAGCCCAAGUCCACUCCCCCGGACAGAGAUACCACGCAACUACACAUCUUUGGAAGGAAGCUGUUUUUCUUGGCUUCCUUAGCAUUCUGGAGAGCAAACUAACAUGCUUUAAUGUCCAAAUAUGACUUUUUACAUUACAAUAAGCUAUCAGAAUUUGUGAACAAGUUCCCUCAAGAAUGUGGACCUCAAUUCCAGGACAUCCUGGAUGAGGGAAAGCUAGUUGCACAAACUUCCCUCCAGGUGCCCUUGAUGUGGCUGAUGCACUCUAGGACUACUUCGAUAGUCAUGAGAAGAGAUUCAUUGCUACAGGCCUCCAGUUUCCCCAAAGAGAUCCAAACCACAGCUGAGACAAGUGACAAGACUGAUGAGUCGCUGCAUACCCUCAAAGACUUUUGUGUUACCCUCCACUCUUUAGAUAUUUUUACUCUGGCACCCUGGAGAAAGUAUCGUAGGAUUCCUCCGCCUCAUCAUCAUUCAUCGCCUCCAUUCUUUUUCCAUCAGAGGACAUAUGAACCUCCCAAGAAGUGGCAGAGGAUGCAAUGGAGUAGACACCCAGCACCACUGCCCUCCUAAGUUCUCUCUUUAUAUGACACUGAAACUUCAGAAUGACCACCUUGGUCUCUAUUUUACCCUCCCUCAUCUCAGUUGUCUGGUUUACGAUCCUUGAUUUGAAGGACACACAUUUUCAUUUGGACCUUCACCCAACUUACAAAAGGUCCCCGUGCUUCGCAGUGGGCCAGAAGCACUUUCAAUACAGGGCACUCCCUUUUGGUCUCUCAGUGACGCCAACGGUAUUUACAAAAAAUUUUGUGGUGGUCACCGCAGAUAAGGGAGACUGAGAUUUCCUUACCUGGACAACUGGCUGCUCACGGGUUGGUCCUGCCAAAAGAUACAGGCAAUUACCACAGCCACACUUCAAUUCUUUCAUUCCCUAGGAUUUCAAGUCGAUUUAGACAAGUUCAUAUUAACAUCCUUGAAAACCAUACAGUUCGUUAGAGCAGACCUGAACUUUACUCACAGCAAGGGCCUACUUACCUCUGGACUGAUUCCUAGCCAUGAAGGCUCUCAUCAGCCAGCUUCAUUUCAGCCCUCCUCCUACAACCUGAUCUGCUUGGUUCUGUUAGGCUACAUGAUGGCAUUCUCCUGUGUCACUCCUACAUCUGUGAUGUCUUCAUAUCUGGUUAUGGACAAUCUAUGCCCCAAGCAGGAGCUCUCUAGACAAGAAGCUCUCUCUUCCUGAAGACAUACUGACAUUGUUCACAUGGUGGGAAAAGGAGACAGUAUGUGUGGGGGUCCCUUUUGUUCCCAUACCACCUACAAAGACUCUUAUCACAGAUGCCUCCCUACUAGCAUGGGGGUAUCUCGAUGGCCAGAUCCCCACAGGAAUCCAGACUACAUAUCAACCUUAGGCUUUGAGCAGUUCUCAAAGCACGCAAGACAUUCCUGCCCAUCUACGCCCCAUAUUCUUCAUAGAAAUAUUGUUAUAAUAUUAUAGCAUAUCUAAGAUGUAUUUUUUGCAAGAUGGGGCUUGUGAGAUACCAUUGGAAAGGUUAUUAUUUAUUGAAUAGGAUUAUCCUAUUUGUAUGCAUGUAUCAUUUUUGUAUCUAAAGUUAGGAAUAUUGACUAUACAUCUGUACUACAAAAGUGUUUGCACCUGGGGAACGCCCACCAAACAGAAUGCAAUCAGUCUGGCUGACUAGCUGGGGACCAGUCAGUGUACCAUUAGGGAGAACAAUAGAUCUUUGAAGAUGCUAAUCUCCUAGCUUCCUGGGAUGCUAUAAACAGCCUUUGAUUCAUGGCUGCUUUGACAUUACAGGGUCAUCUGAUCAUGUCACCUGGUACUGGACUCCAUGAUAGAAUACCAGUAUUUUUCGAUGGGGGGGGGGGACCGACCACACUGUAAAAUCAAAGGAUUCCUGCCAUAUGUAAAACCUAUUUAAGGCAGGGGAGUGACAUAAUGAGCGUUCGUUCUUCCCUGAAUCCCCACCCAGGAUGACUGCUGGGAACAUCUAAGAAACAAAGACAAGGCUGGGGGGAAGAGCUGAGCCCAGGGUGGAGAGGUGUCUGGCCUGUGAAAGAACUACCUGAAAUUUUAAGCUGCAAGAAAGAGCAGUUUGCCUGCAAAAACCUCUGCAAUCUGUCUAAAACAACAUUUAGGGUGAGAAAUGACUACUUGUAACCAGUUUCUUUAGUAUUAAGCUUAGCUUGCAUGUUCGUUUCAUUUGCUGGGUACCCUACUUUGAUCUGUUUGCUAACCCUUAUAAUCACUUGAAAUCUAUUUUUGUA